AUGAGCUUCCGAUUGUUAUGGGCGCGCGCACGAGGGAGCUUCCUCGGCGACACGACCGUCCGCCUCCUCGGUCUUGCGACCUGGGUUCCUGUUGUUAUAUGCUUUAACGACUAUGUCGCAACAGUGACAAAGAUUAGCGGUGGUUCUAUGUACCCGUAUUUCAAUGAGGACCGCAACAGUACCCUGACGCGAGAUCUCGUCCUCAAUUGGAGAUGGAACGCGCAGAACGACUUGAGGAGGGGCAUGGUUGUCACAUUCAGGAGCCCCUUUAACCCGGAGACCAUUGCAGUCAAGAGAAUAAUUGCGCUGGAGGGCGACAAUGUUGUAACAAGGCCACCGCACCCUCAGCCGGUUGUCAGAGUGCCGCAAGGGCAUAUCUGGGUCGAAGGUGACGGGCCUGCAGACCAAACGCUGGAUAGUAACACUUAUGGCCCCAUCUCAAUGGAGCUGGUCACUGGAAAGAUCAUUUGGUUUCUGUACCCGUGGCGGAAGUUCGGGAGCACAAGGUGGGAAGAAUACAAGGCCAAGCCAAGAUUCUGA